CUUUCCCCGCCACCCCCCUAUGUUUCUUAGAUUGAUCUCCCACCGCAUAAAGCAUCACGCUAUCAAUAUCCCUGAAGGUAAUUGGUCAACAUGCUGAGGAGGUGAUGAUGUCUGACAAGAGGGUAGAGAUGUCAAAGAUUGCAGACUCAGCAUGUGUCCCUAAUAAUUAAAAAGGCAGAAGCAGUCUCCAACAGCCAGAAAAACCAUCAGAAGUAUUUCACGAUGGAUGUAGAUGAUGAAGAAAACAUGACGCCGAAAGGAGUAACCUAUCGAGCUUUUGCUGGAGGAUGUUAUAAAUGAAAAUUUAGUAACUAUUCCAUCAGCUUUGUAAGAUGGGCGAAGUGAUGUGUGCAGGGUAGUGAAUACUUAAGAAAGUAUGAUUGAAAUUUGUUGAGAAGAGAUUUUCCAUCUUCAUUUGCUCUAAUUUCAAUAAAUAUUUAUUACCUAUUAUCAGUGUGAAUUUAAUAUAGUACUAGAUAUUCAGAAGUCUGGGAACAGAAGAGUUAGAAACACUUGACCAAAUAAAUUUGCCUUUUCAUUCAUGAAUGUUGCUGUAAAACACAAAUAAGUAAUUUCAUUCUUUUUUUUAAUCAGAGUAAAAAUGAGAUCUUUCCAGUUAUAGCAAGUAUAAUUCUUGAAAUAUAUAUCCAACAUUAUCAUUGCCUCAAUUUUCUACUUAGAAAAUAAAUUGUUGAAUUAAUCAUUAAUACUGCAAUACCACAUUGUUUUUCUUCCCCAUUAAAAUACCAUCAUUGUGACUGUGUAGAUUUUGUCACACAUUUUGUGUUCUGUGUAGUCUUAGAGAGACAAUCUUCAUUAUUUGUUUUAAAAUCUGAGAGAGCAGUUUUUUACUUUGCAAGAAAUUUAAAAACUGCAUGUAAAUGGCAAAUAAAAGGUUUCUCAAUCAAAGGCUGUGUGAAAACGUAUGUAUAGUAGUUUUCUGGUGCAGUCUAAGUUAGACGCAGGAUUUUUUUACAGCUGUGUUCAGUGUGUUCAGCUGCUAAAGGGUCAGAGUUGCUGUGAGAAGGGCUUUGCUCUAUACUAGCCUCUGUUGAAUGAGCCCAUUGCUGAAACUGCUGUGUGUUGGGCAGGCAAUCAUCCAGGGGCAGAUGAAGCUUGUGAGCAAAUUGAGUUGAGGUGAAAUGAAGACUGGUAAGAGCAUAAAAAAGGAUUGAAUUUGGAGAAUAUGGCAUAGCUACAGAGAAGCAAAGCAGUUUUUUAAAACAGUUUUCAGUCAAGGUGCCUAACUAACAAAGAACUGCUCGGUUUUUCAUGACUCAGAUUUUAUUUAUGUUAUUUCUUGAAUUGAGUAAAUAAAAUCAUGUGAGACAGAAAUGCAAUAUGAAUAAAAUAAGAAUAAAGUAUAAUUAAAUAUAAAUUUCCUAGUAUUGGUCCGAAGUAUCCAUUUUUAUUUUAGUAUUGAUAGUUUAUCCUACAAAUAAUACAAAAUGUUUUUCUGUUUUAAGGCAUAUUUCACUUCAAACAUGAUUUAUGAGUAAAAAUUUUGUUUCAGUUUGUUGAAAAAAAAAAGCUUCAGUGUUUUAUUGUCAUAUGAAAGUAUCAAGAGCAAGUGUGAAAGUCUUGAAUGUGUUAUUUGUUGAGUUAUUAAGAGGUAUUGCUCUCCAUUUACACUGCAAAAGCUUUAAUGUGUGAGCACACAUCACUUAACCAAUUACAAAGAGAGAUAAAGGAAUCUAUAAAUUUUGCAUUUACAAGAUCCUGCAACAAAGGCAUUGUAAGUUACUCUUUCUGGGCACCGCAGGUUCAAGCAGCACUGAUGUUAAAGAAAACCGCAACAUGGACAACGUUCCCCCCAAGGAUGGCAGUGCACAAGGCACCGGGGAGGGGGCUCAACUCUCCAAUGGUGGCAGCAGCAGCAGCAGCAGAAAGCGGCCUUUGGAGGAAGGCAACAAUGGCCACUCCAAAUUUCGCCCUAAGAAGAGGAAGAAAACACCAGGUCCCGUUUUGCCAAAGAAUGCCCUGAUGCAACUUAACGAGAUCAAACCUGGUUUACAGUAUAAGCUGCUGUCCCAGACAGGGCCAGUUCAUGCCCCAAUGUUUGUGAUGGCUGUUGAGGUUAACGGACAGGUGUUUGAGGGGUCCGGCCCCACAAAGAAGAAAGCCAAGCUCCACGCUGCUGAGAAGGCUCUGCGGUCAUUUGUCCAGUUCCCAAAUGCAUCAGAAGCACACCUGGCCAUGGGGAGGACUCUCUCUGUCAACACGGACUUCACCUCUGACCAGGCAGACUUUCCUGACACGCUUUUCAAUGGAUUUGAAACUCCGGUUCCUUCUGAUGCUUCCUUUUACCUAGGGUCCAAUGGGGAUGGCUCCUUUGGCUCCAGCAGGGAGUAUGGUCUGUCAUCAGCUCCUGUGGCAAGUAGCCUUACUCAGUUGCCUCUCCCUGCAUCGUUACCAUACCCGACUGCAAGUGGGAAGAAUCCUGUAAUGAUCCUGAAUGAGCUGCGGCCAGGCCUGAAGUAUGAGUUUCUCUCAGAGAGCGGGGAGAGCCAUGCCAAAAAUUUUGUUAUGGCUGUCGCUGUGGAUGGGCAAACAUUUGAAGGAUCGGGAAGGAAUAAAAAGCUUGCGAAAGCUCGGGCUGCUCAGUCAGCCCUGGCAUCCUUGUUUAACAUGCAGCUGGACCAGACUCCAUCUCGACAGCCCAUUCCUAGUGAGGGGCUCCAGUUACAUUUGCCACAGGUUUUAGCUGAUGCUGUUGCACGCUUGGUUGUAGAUAAAUUCAGUGAUUUGACAGAAAAUUUCACAUCUCCACAUGCACGUAGAAAAGUCCUUGCUGGAAUUGUCAUGACAACAGGUACGGAUGUGAAAGAUGCUCUGGUAAUAAGUGUUUCUACAGGAACAAAAUGCAUUAAUGGUGAAUACAUGAGCGAUCGUGGUCUUGCAUUAAAUGAUUGCCAUGCAGAAAUUAUAUCCCGCCGGUGCCUACUUAAAUUUCUGUAUACACAACUUGAGCUUUAUCUAAGCAAUAAAGAUGAUCAGGAAAAAUCCGUUUUUAUCAAAUCAGAGCGAGGCGGUUUUAAACUGAAGGAGAAUGUGCAGUUCCAUCUUUAUAUCAGCACGUCUCCUUGUGGAGAUGCUAGAAUUUUCUCACCACAUGAAGCAGCACAAGAGGAUCAAGGGGACAGACAUCCAAACCGCAAAGCGAGAGGACAGCUACGAACAAAAAUAGAAUCUGGGGAAGGGACGAUCCCUGUGCGCUCUACUACCACCAUCCAGACAUGGGAUGGAGUACUGCAAGGAGAAAGGCUACUUACUAUGUCAUGCAGUGACAAGAUAGCAAGGUGGAACGUAUUGGGUAUUCAAGGAGCCUUACUUAGCCUCUUUGUGGAGCCAAUUUACUUCUCUAGCAUCAUCUUGGGGAGUUUAUAUCAUGGGGAUCAUCUAUCCAGAGCCGUAUACCAGAGGAUAGCAGAGAUAGAAGAUCUACCACCUCUUUAUACACUCAACAGACCUUUACUUAGUGGUAUUAGCAAUGCAGAAGCACGCCAACCAGGGAAAGCACCAAACUUCAGUGUAAAUUGGACAGUGGGAGAUGCUGGUCUUGAAGUUAUUAAUGCUACAACUGGCAAAGAUGAAAUGGGACGUGCAUCUCGCCUCUGUAAGCAUGCUUUGUACAGCCGCUGGAUGCGUGUUCAUGCGAAGCUUUCGUCCAGCUUGCGCUUGAAGAUCUUCAAGCCUAACCUGUAUCAUGAAACCAAGCAAGGAGCCACUGAGUAUCAAACUGCUAAAGAGUGUUUAUUUAAAGCAUUCCUGAAGGCAGGACUUGGAGCAUGGGUGGAGAAACCCAUAGAACAGGAUCAGUUUCCACUCACUGUCUGAUUCACAGUCUGCACAUCAAUUUGGAAAGGGAGCCGCUUUGGAAACCCUGGUGUCCAGCAUUGCUUUCUGGCAUCUCCACGCCUGUUAAAAUAUCUUUUUACUGUUUUUUCUUUUUCAAAACUUGGUAGUAGCUGUUUUGGUUUUGCCUAAGUAUUGGAACUCAGUGAUAAUCUGACACAUAAUUGUAUAUUUUGUUAUGAGAAAGUAAUUUCUGGUGUAUUUCUAGAAAUACUUUUACUGUAGAAAAUCUGCAGUAAGGCUGUCCUGACAGUAUACAAUAACUCAUUUUUUCUGGGUUAAAGUAAUUGCUUUUUUAAUUUGAUGUCAUCAAUUGCAUGAAGAAAUGAGUAUUUCUUUAGAUUUUACACCACAAUUGUAAGAAGUAGCUUAAUUUUGUAAGAGGAAAAUAGGCAACAAAGUUGAUUCUUCUCCUCUUUUAAGUUGUUUUUGAAUUGCAGAUGUUGCUAACAUAUAGACCACUAAGCCAGAAUGAAGUCUAGACAAGUAGUAUUCCCCACUUCCUUGCUCUUUAAAACCAGCUGCUGAGAAAUUCAUGUCUUUGAUGUAUGUAUUUAUUAGUCUGUGAUCCCAUUUUUAACAUGCAGCUUUCUAUUCUGGUUUUAAAAAUACAUUUACCUCCCAUUUACACACAUUGUGAAGUCUUUUUUUUAAAAACCAUUGUAAACUGGAAACAACAAAAUGAUUAUUUGUAAGUUAAGAGGUUUAGUCUAUAAUGUGCAGAACUCUGUUUAGAUGUAGUUGAUUUGUAUAUCCUUUGAACUCAUUAGAGUACAAUAAUAACUACAACAUGACAACUUAGAAAAAUUUGCUCAUUUUGAGGUCAUUAAGCUUGAAUGGCCAAAAAAAGUCACUCAGUGAACAUUAAUUGCUCUCUUCUUGAAGAAAUGAAAAGCUCUUGUAUGGACAAAAAGGUUGUUAAAACCUCUUUUCUGCUUUCAUUCAAGUUGUUGUGUCCCUUUUAAGAUUUCAUUACCUUUUGGCUUUACAUGUGUGAUGGUCUUCAUGAAAUUAAUUGGGUAAGUUGCUCUUAAAUGUGGUUUAAUUUGCUUUGACAGUUAGUUAGGUCUUCUUCAUAAAGGUGUAAACACUUCAGCUUUAUGUAAAAAUGUAAAAUAGAAAGAAAAUAUUUUGAGAUUUGUUUGAUUAGCUGGUGUACUGAAGGCACUAUUAAAAACUUUUUAGUAUAUGAUAUUUAGGUGUGGAUUAGAGAAUGUCUGAAACCAGUUAUCUGCUCCCAAAGUCUAUGUCCAAACAUAUCCUGUGGCUCAUACUUAUUCAAGUGUCAUGCUUGCUUUCUGGAAGGUCCCUUGGUGAUCAUCAUUCUUUUGCAAACAGUGAAGUGAUGUUCCUUGACACAGAAGUUUCUGACACAAAACCCAAGCCAAGUAUGUUUAAGCUGACAGGCCCUGUCCCUCAGCUCUACAUCCCCACUUCUUAUCUGCGCUGCCCUGGACAUCAGAUCCAUGGGAUGGUCCAUACUUUGAGGUCAAGUUAAGGGUUGUUUUUGGACCUGCACUGGGUCAGAGAUGCAGCUUUGAGUUGUAUUGGCACAUUUGUGGAGGAAGUGAAGUGAAGCAAAGGAAUCCCUUCAGCCAGCUCUAUGGCUAAAGCCUUUGCCUUCUGAAGCUGUCACUGAAGUUACCAUAUCUCAGACCAAGCAUCCUGGGGGGGUUACCAACUACUUGGGCCAUUGGAGACUUCGUAGAAAGCACUUCUGGCCUAUCAUGAACAUCAAGGAGACAUGCUGCUUUGUUAUUGCUCAAGUAGGAACUCGAUUUCAACUUCAAAAAAUGGUCAGGCCUGAUAAACCACUGGUGUGUUAGUUUCAGCCUCUGGAUUAGUGCCUUGGCAGUGGUGCGUUGAGACACAAUUGGUGUGCUUUUGAUGGUAGUACAGGUAAUAGCAAGCACUGCUGCAGGAAGGCAAGCAAAUCCGUGGAUCCCUUCAGAAAAGUCUGAUGGUUCCAGAGGCUACUAAGUUUUCCAGGUGCCAGUGGAACAAAUGUGUGCUGUAGUAGACAGGCUGUGUUGAUUCAGCUUUCUCGGCAGCUUAAGCUGUCCUGUCUGUUCCUGCAUUAAAACCAGGAGUGCUCUCAUGUCCUCUGCCAGCCCCACGAAGCUGGAGGGCAGCAGUUUCUGAAUGCAGUCUGGGCCUUUGCCAUUGUCAUCUCACUGAGGCUCAGACUGACUUAUUCUAAAGCUAAAAGUAAUCAAAUGUUUUUUGGUCAGAAUUUGCAAGUGCUUGGGCAUUUACUAUUGAAAUCAGUCACAUCUCUAUGAAUGUUGCAGAAAUGCCCUUAUGGCUGUAGAUAAAUCUGUGCAUACAUUUUGCAGGAUUGAGGGAAAGCUGGUUGCUCUGUGUGCGUUUUCUUGGGAUCAUUAGCGUUACUAAGUGAAACACACAUUUUUAAGGGACUCAGUCUGUUGAUAAAUGGAGUCUGUUUACAUACAAACAAAAUAACUUUUACCCAUCUUUCUGAAGUACUCAGUGAGACGCUGAUCUCUCUUUGGAUUUUUUUGAACACUAGGAAAGUAUUAGCUCAAACUAUUUUUUUUACGAAGUCACAAAUAUGAGCAAUAUAUUUAAGUAUUAUUAUAGACAUAGUUUUUUAAGCUGUUCAAAUGAAUAAUUUUAAUGAAAUUGUAAAGGAAAUCUGUUCCAUGCCACAAUCUUUUGAUGAAGGAAUGGUGUCAGGCUAUUUAUGAGGAAUGGGUUCUCUCGUUUAUAAUUCCAGGAUUUUAAAAAGUAAGUUUUCCAGGGUUGUAUGCAAUCCAUAUCUGUCUUGUGGGAGUCAAUAAAAUACUGCUUGGCUUCCUUCA